AUGGCUUCUGCUGCCUCGUCUCUACGAGCCGCGUCCGGCAAUGAGCGCUUCAACGACGAAGCGGCCAAGUGGGACAGCAACCCUUUUGUCCACGAGGCCAGCAAACAAGCAUUGAAAGCUAUAGUGGCCAAAUUCCCGGCGCUCAGACAACCGCCAGGCGAACAAGGUCUAGACAUCCUCGAGGUCGGCUGCGGCACCGGCCUCCUUUCGUCCAUCAUGGCUCCUUACGCGAAACGCAUAGUCGCCGUUGACGCUGCCGCCGGGAUGAUCGAUGUGCUCAAGACCAAACUACAGAGCUCCGAUGCGCCCCGCAACAUCUCGCCCGUGGCCGCCCUUCUCCAAGACCCCGAGGACAAGAGUCUGCCGCCUCAAAACGACGAGGAUCCCGGCGGACGUCGGCUGAAAUUCGACCUCAUCACCUCGCACUUGGUGCUGCACCACAUUGCGGACCUCAAGGGCGUCUUGGCUACGAUGCUGGGCUGCCUGAAGAGCAACGGGUGGGUGGCUCUGACCGACUUUGAGGACUACGGUCCAGAAGCGAAGAGCUUUCACGCACAGGCGAAGAUGGGAGGCGUCGAGAGACACGGCAUCAACGCCGACGCCAUGGAAAAGCUCAUGAACGAAGUGGGCUUCGUCAACGUUCGAGUGGUGCGGGCUUGGAGUAUGGACAAGGUCGUGGAGAAGUACGAGGGCGAGUUCGGUGACGCCGGCAAAGCCUCUCAGCCUGGUCAGGGGCAGAUCAGAAGCUUCCCCUUUGUGCUCUGCAUGGGCGAAAAGAAGUACUGUCAGCCAUGA